CCGUUGUUGGUCCAUCCAGUCCACUUCCCGCCCCCCUAUGUAGUCCUAGUCCUUGUCCGCUCGACUACCACCACCACUCCAACUUCCGAAGCUGAUCUCUUCCUCUUCUGCUUUGUUCUUCAAUCCACUCAAAACCCUUAAGCAUCCUCAACCAGUCACAUAGCUCCAAGUUCGAAUUUGAUCAUCCCAUCGGUUUAUUCUUAUCCUUAUUGUUGCUGUUCAACCACCAACCAAGCCUUCAACCCCAUAGAAGGCUACUAAACUAAACUAAAGUAAACUCAAACUCAAACUCAAUCCACUCCUCAACCUUCAACACAAUCACCUUCCAACCCAACAACUCAAGCUGUCCUCCUCAUCAAACAUCACCAGAUCACUCCCAUCAUCAUGGAAAUAACAGUCUCCUUGGACUCUUACGUAAAGGGUACCAGAGCUUGGUUUCCAGAUAAAGAUGAAGGUUGGCUUAGUGCCGAAUUACAAGAAAAAGAUAUCGCGGCCAACGGAUCUAUCAAACUGCUGUUCAUAGACGAUAACGGUAAAGAAAGACAAGUCACAACAACAACCGACCAGGUCACAAAAACAAGAGGCGCAGAUCUACCACCGCUGAGGAACCCUCCACUUCUCGAAGCAACAGAAGACUUGACAAACUUGUCUUACCUGAAUGAACCAGCAGUUCUACAUACUAUCCGGACACGUUACACGACGGCCCGUCAGAUUUAUACCUACUCUGGAAUCGUACUCGUUGCUGUCAAUCCUUUCAUUGCCGUCCCACUCUACUCAUCCGAUAUUGUCCAAGCCUAUGCUGGAAGGAAGAAAGGCGAACUCGAGCCUCAUCUUUUCGCCAUUGCCGAAGAUGCUUAUCGAUGCAUGAUUCGAGAUCGACGCGACCAAACCGUCAUCGUCUCUGGCGAGUCCGGGGCGGGCAAAACGGUUUCUGCAAAAUAUAUCAUGCGCUAUUUCGCCACAGUCGAUGAUCCCGAUCGGCCUGGAAAGAGAAAGCAACAGGGAGCAGAUGGAUCAGGUAUGACAGAGGUUGAAGAACAAAUCCUGGCCACAAAUCCGAUCAUGGAAGCUUUUGGGAACGCAAAAACUACCCGGAAUGACAACUCGUCCCGAUUCGGAAAGUACAUCGAAAUCCUUUUUGACAAUGAACAAAACAUCGUAGGAGCCAAGAUCCGAACGUAUCUACUGGAGCGAUCACGUCUAGUCUACCAACCUGAGACCGAAAGAAACUACCACAUCUUUUAUCAGUUGAUUGCUGGUACACCGCAAGCAGAACGGAAACAGCUUGGUCUAGACUCGAUCAGCAAGUUCCACUAUCUUAACCAGGGUGGGCCGAGUGCGGAGAGGAUCGCAAGUGUUGACGAUAAGAAAGAAUUCGGUUUGACUCAAGAAGCGCUCAGUACAGUCGGGAUUGGGAUGACGCAACAGUGGGCGAUCUUCAAGCUAUUGGCCGCCCUGCUUCAUCUUGGAAACAUCGAGAUCAAUGCUACUAGGACAGAUGCCUCGCUGAGCGAUGAUGAUCCCAGCCUGAUUCUAGCUUGUAGCUUGCUUGAGAUCGAACUGGGUGAAUUCAAAAAAUGGACGAUCAAGAAGCAGAUCGUCACUCGCUCCGAAAAGAUUGUCACCUCCUUGAGCGCCGCCGCUGCCAUCAGUGUCCGAGAUGCUGUGGCAAAAUACAUCUACAGUAGUCUCUUUGAAUGGCUUGUUUACGUCGUUAAUGGAAGUCUGUACAACACCGAUCUCGAUGAUAAGGUGGCCAGCUUUAUCGGUGUCCUAGAUAUUUACGGAUUUGAAUUCUUCAAAACAAAUUCCUUCGAGCAAUUCUGUAUCAAUUACACCAAUGAAAAAUUACAAGCCGAAUUUAACGCACAUGUGUUCAAGCUAGAACAGGAGGAAUAUAUUAAUGAAAAGAUUGACUGGAAGUUUAUCGAGUUCUCAGAUAACCAACCUACCAUCGACUUGAUCGAAGGCAAACUAGGUAUUCUAUCUUUACUAGACGAGGAAUCCAGGCUACCAUCUGGAUCAGAUUCGACCUUUGUACAAAAACUUUACACCCAACUUUCCAAACCAGAACAUGCCAAAGUGUUCAAAAAACCAAAGUUCGGCACAUCCGCCUUCACGAUCGCCCAUUACGCGCUUGAUGUGACUUAUGAGGGAGAAGGCUUCUUGGAAAAGAAUAAGGAUUCAGUCCCAGAUGAACAUUUAACUCUCCUAUUUGCCACUCACAAUUCAUUCUUGAAGGAUAUCCUCGAAAAGGCUCAGGAGAUCCGCAACACUCCCAAUGGACAAGCUACGAUCGUCAAUAGGUCGACCAUGGCUGUUGCCGACACCGCUACCUCGCCCAUGUCGCCCACCACCAACUCAAGCAAACGCACGAGUCUUUUCGAUGGACCAGCUUCAUCGAUCGUCACCAAGCGCACUAGUGUUUCAACUGCCAUUAGCGGUGGGGCUUCCCCUCGCGCUUCAGGUCCUGUGAAGCGUGCGAUAGGUGGUCCGGCUGGCGCUGGUGGAGCAACCAAGAAGCCAACCUUGGGUUCGAUCUUCAAACAAUCGCUUAUCGCACUCAUGGAAACGAUUGAUUCCACAAACGCGCAUUAUAUUCGUUGUAUCAAGCCCAACGAAGCCAAGAUGGCUUGGGAAUUCGAUCCCCCGAUGGUCUUGGGUCAGCUUCGUGCCUGUGGUGUAUUGGAAACUAUCAAAAUCAGUGCGGCUGGAUAUCCGACUCGUUGGACAUUUGUGGACUUUGCUGAACGGUAUUAUAUGCUGAUCAAAUCAGAUCAGUGGAAAAAUGAUGUCAAAGAUGUCUGUCUGAGCAUCUUGAAGAACACGAUCAAAGAGGAGAAUAAGUAUCAAUUAGGGUUGACCAAGUUAUUCUUCCGAGCGGGAAUGUUGGCAUACUUGGAACAAGUCCGAGGCGAUCGGAUCAACUUCUUAGUCACCCUGAUGCAAAAGAACUUCUUGAGAGCAUUUCAUCAGACCCGAUAUCGUCGAAUUAGGGCGACGAUCAUGGGCAUUCAGUGUCUUGUCCGAAGGAAGAUCGCUGUCCAAAAGAAGGAACGCGCGCGUGAAGAAAGGGCCGCGUUGAUGAUCCAGAAAGUCGUUCGAGCCUUUUUGGGCAGGCAGACGUUUUUGAAAACUCGGACCUUUAUCGUCCAGAUACAGAGCCGCGUACGUGGUGGCAAGAUUCGCUCAACUUUCGGCCAUCAAAAGACCUUUGUUUCGGCCUCCAGACUCCAGGCGUUAUUCCGAACGAUCCUAUGUAAACGAAAGUACAAGGUGGAGAUCAGAAAAGUGGUCUUAAUCCAAUCACUUCAACGGAAACGACUAGCAAGACGGGAACUUUUAGCAUUGAAACAAGAGGCUAAAUCGGUAGUUCACUUCAAGGAAGUCUCUUACAAGCUGGAGAAUAAGGUCGUCGAGCUCACUCAAACCUUGCAGAAACGUACUCAAGAGAACAAGUCCUUGCAAUCCAAAUUGAACGAACUGCAAACUCAGUUGGAGAGUUGGAUGUCCAAAUAUGAUGAAAUCGAUCGGCAGACUAAAGACUUGAAGAGUCAAGUCGAUAAGCCAACUGUCGAUCUGCCCGAAUUCGAAGCCUUGGGCGAGGAAAAGAAGAAGGCUGAAUCCCAGUUGGCCGAAUCUUUGAGAAAGAUUGCUGAGCAAGACAAGCAUAUCACCAAGCUCACAUUAGAAUUCGAGAAGCAAUCCAAAGAGAUGGAAGAAAGGCAGAAGCUAUUGGAUAGUAUGACUGUCAACGGCAACGGCAGCGAUGCAGCAACAGUGUCUGGUAUGAGACAGGAAUUACUGAGUUUGAGGGAACAGCUCAGCCGGGCAUUGAACACUCAGAAGGCGAUUCCUCGAAGUGAUACAGCAUUCCAUAUGUCGACUGGACAGGGGCACCAAGCCAACAAUCAUUCGGGUGGUCCGGCUCCUCUCAACAUGAGCAUCACCGGAUCACCGUCUUCUUUGAAUCAAGCGAAGAGGAAACUGCGACGACACAGUGCGGAUGAUUUAGGACCAGAGGUGUUGCCGGUGGUGCCCACCACUUCGGGACUAGCGAUCCCAGCGAACCGAUUCGAUAAUCCUCGGGCGGUCUCGGUGGCUUAUGCUCAAACGCUCAACAUCCAUCCGGAAGAUCAAUUGGAGGACCCAUCGGAGAUCGUCAUGCGGCUGUUGGAAGACGAAGAGCCCUUGGAUGAGGACGUCUUGGUCGGCCUGAUCAAGACUCUCAAGAUCCCAAUCCCUUCGAUACAGAACCCCCCCAGCGCUAAAGAAGUCUUAUUUCCUGCUCAUCUGAUUAGCUUGGUCACUAAUGAAAUGUGGAAGUAUGGCCUGAUGAGAGAGAGUGAACGAUUCUUGGCUAACGUGAUGCAAACCAUCCAGCAACAUGUGAUGGGUUUCCAAGGAGAAGAAGCGAUCGUGCCUGGUAUCUUCUGGUUGUCGAAUGUCCAUGAAGUGUUAUCAUUUGUGUGUAUAGCAGAGAGUGAUAUCCUACAAGGGAUUGGCCCGGGAGUGGAUGGAGCGGGGCGAGACUUUGAUUGGGAUGACUACGAACGACUGGUGACGAUUGUGAAGCACGAUCUGGACUCGUUAGAGUACAACAUCUACCACACAUGGAUGCAAGAGACGAAGAAGAAGCUGCACAAGAUGGUGGUGCCCGCCUUGAUCGAAUCGCAAUCCUUACCGGGCUUUGUGACGAACGAUAGUGGGGGUAGAUUGUUCAAUCGAUUGUUGUCGGGCAACAAUCAGCCGGCUUAUAAUAUGGAAGAUAUCCUCAAUCUCUUGAAUAAGGUCUGGAAAUCUCUCAAGUCGUAUUAUGUCGAACAGUCCGUCAUCCAACAGGUCGUCACCGAAUUGCUCAAGUUGAUCGGCGUCACUUCGUUCAAUGAUCUCCUCAUGAGGAGGAACUUUUGUUCUUGGAAACGCGCUAUGCAAAUCCAAUAUAAUAUCACUAGAUUAGAGGAAUGGUGCAAAUCACGUGAAAUGCCCGAAGGGACUUUACAGUUAGAACAUCUCAUGCAAGCUACCAAGUUAUUGCAAUUAAAGAAAGCCACGAUCUCGGAUAUCGAUACUUGCUAUGAUGUCUGCUGGAUGUUGACUCCUUCGCAGAUCCAGAAGUUGAUCUUACAGUAUCAUGUGGCAGAUUAUGAGAACCCGAUUGCACCUGAGAUCUUGAAAGCGGUGGCAUCAAGAGUGAUGCCGAAUGACAAGAACGACCAUCUGAUGUUGCCACCUGAAGUCGAAGAAGCCGGGCCUUAUGAGGUCCCUUUGCCCCGAGAAGUCAUGUCUCUUGAUACGUAUUGUCCUGCUUGGUUGAAUGUUCCUCAUAUCAGACGAUUAACUUCAGUGGUGACUUGAAGAAUUCAUUCAUUCAUUCAGUCUUCUUCGUUGGAUGGUGAUGAUGACCUUGAUCAUGAUUUUAUCCUCUUCUUCAUCUUUAGUUCCCGUUUUCUUAAAUUAUUAAUCUCGUUUUCUUCACCAAUAUGACUGAUUCUUACCAGAUUGAUUUCUUAUGGUCAUGGAUUUCUUUGAUACAUACAUCUUUAUAGGGAUGAAAACAAGAAAAUGCAUGUGUGUGUGUGUGGGUUGUGUUUGGUUGGUUGGUUGGAGAUGAUGUUUAAAAACGUGCAGUUGGAUCGACUCCUCAGAUUUUUUUUCUUUCUUUCAAAUUUAGAGUCUCAAGCCUCUCUCAUCCUAUGAAGAUCUUUCUUUCCUCCCUUAUCUCUCUCUCUCCCUCUCUCUUUGAUUUAUGUGUGCAGGCUUUUUUUUUCUUCUUUUUGGUUACAUAGGCCAGUUUUUUUUUUAGCUUUGGUCCAUUUUCCAUCCAUCAUUCUUGUUUGUUUAAUUUAUCUUUCUCUUUCUUAUUAUUACUAUACGCAACUACAUAUGUUCUAUGAUUUCUUUUUUGUCAACUCCUACAUACUUGACUACUACCGAAACUGAAACUGAAACUGAAACAAAAA